GCGCCCACCCCUCACAGCGCCCGGGCCGCUCCUGCGCAGGCGCCACCGGCGGAGCUUCCGGCAGCGCUGCCCUGGAUGGCGGAGCCGGGGGAUGGAGCGGCGGCGGAGCCCGGGGAUGGAGCGGCGGCGGAGCCGGAGGAGCCCAGGGAGGGAUGGACGGAGGAGCUUCGGGGCAGAUGGAUGGCGGAGCAGCGGCGGCUGUGGGUGCCGGGCGGGCGCUGGCUGGCGGCGGUGCUGCCUCUGCUGCUGGUCGCGGCCCCGCUGCCCUGCGCAGGCCAGAGCAGCCUGCAGAGCCCAGAGAAUGUCCGGGUCUGUGCUGUGAACACCAAUUUCACUCUGAGCUGGGAUUACACCGGCAAUGAUCCCAAUGUGACCUUUUCAGCAGAAUUCCAGCUGUCGGAGCUCAAGGACAGGGGCUGGCGGGAGCUGCCGGGGUGCCAGGCUGUGGCUGGCACAGAGUGUGACAUCUCCUCGGCCAUCUCGGAGUACUACGAUGCCCACUACGUGCGUGUGAGGGCCCAGGCGGGGCACGCGGUGUCUGCCUGGUCCGAGAUCCUGGAGAUGGUGCCGGAUCUCAUUGCUCAGAUUGGUCCACCAGGACUGGAAUUGCAGUCCACAAAUGGAGCCAUAAAAAUUAAGGUUUCUCCUCCAGAAGCAAAUCAGAUGAAAAAAAUAUGGAUCAAUGAUCUAAGUUUUAAAUAUAACCUGGUCUUCUGGGAAAACUCAUCACAUGCUCAGCUGCAGAGUAAAAAUAUUUUCCCUGUUGACACCAUUGAUGACCUUGCCCCAGACACCACCUAUUGCUUCAAAGUUCAAGCAAAUCUCCCCAUGGAGGCAAAGGAAGGCUUCUUCAGCCCCAUCAGCUGUGUGAAAACCACCCAGAAAGUGAAUGACCUUCUGUGUGCAACCAACCUGAGUGUCCUGGCUUUGAACAUGAAAUUCCACCUGCUCUGGAAUAAGCAGGGCAGACAACAGGGGAGCUACAACGUCCAGUACCUCUUUGGGUACAUGAAGGACCUCAAUGAGGAUUACUCAGGCAAGUGGCUCAGUGUCCCCGGGUGUGAGAACAUCAGCAGCACCUGGUGCAACUUCACCUCCAUCAUCACCACCACUGGAUUUUAUUAUCUGCGAGUGCAGGCCAGGGAGGGACACAACAAAUCCUGUUUCUCCAGAGAUGUUAAAGUAGAUCCUCUGAAAACAAAUGGAAUUGGCCCCCCUGGUGUAAGGCUGGACCUCAGUGACACUUUGCUCCACAUCCUUAUUUAUCCUCCAGGAGGAGCUGAGAAUGAAGUCAUGAAUGGCCAUUAUGACUUGUCCUACAGGAUCCUGUACUGGAAGAACAUCUCAAAUGAGGAGGAGGAGGUGGAGCAGAAGGAGGUGAAGCAGACCAUAGCCACAGUCCCUGGCCUCUCCCCCUCCACGCUGUACUGUGUCAAAGUCCAGGCCGUCUCAAAGCCUUACAACAAAAGCAGUGCCUACAGCCAGCAGGAAUGCAUCCAGACCCCUGCAGGUACAUCUUUACCUCUGAUCAUUUUUGGAAUUUUCAUGGGUGCCCUGCUGGUUGUCCUGCUGGUGGCCACCCCUGUUGUUUUUGUGCUCUACCAAGCCUACAGCAAAAUCAAAUACGUGUUCUUCCCCUCCUGCCAGCCCCCCCCGAACAUCGAGGGGUUUGGAGCACAACUUUUCAGCAGCCCUUACCUGUCCACUGCAGAGGAAGCAGUGGAAAGUUGCUGUGUGAUUGAAUCCAUGAUCACAGAAGAGGGAAAUCAAAUAGAUUUUACAGACUACAACCAUUCCAAACAGAGCAGUCGAGACUCAGGGAAUUAUUCCAACGAUGACAACAACACUUCCGUGAGCAAAGGAUCCAAAGAAACACUGGAAAAGGAAAUGGUGUAACUUUGGGAAGACAAAACACAUCUGUGGGACUGGCAACUUCACACACACUUCAAUCCUCUUUACAAUGCCAGCCCCAGCCCGAGGGGGACACUGUGACCUUUGGGAUCCCCAGUGGGGCACUGUGACCUUUGGGAUCCUGAGGGGGACACUGUGGCCUUUGGGAUCCUGAGGGGGACACUGUGGCCUUUGGGAUCCCCAGUGGGGCACUGUGGCCUUUGGGAUCCCAAGGGGGACACUGUGACUUUUGGGAUCCCGAGGGGGACACUGUGACUUUUGGGAUCCUGAGGGGGACACUGUGACCUUUGGGAUCCCCAGUGGGACACUGUGGCCUUUGGGAUCCUGAGGGGGACACUGUGGCCUUUGGGAUCCUGAGGGGGACACUGUGACUUUUGGGAUCCUGAGGGGGACACUGUGACCUUUGGGAUCCCCAGUGGGACACUGUGGCCUUUGGGAUCCUGAGGGGGACACUGUGGCCUUUGGGAUCCUGAGGGGGACACUGUGACUUUUGGGAUCCUGAGGGGGACACUGUGGCCUUUGGGAUCCCCAGUGGGACACUGUGACUUUUGGGAUCCCGAGGGGGACACUGUGACUUUUGGGAUCCUGAGGGGGACACUGUGACCUUUGGGAUCCUGAGGGGGACACUGACUUUUGGGAUCCUGAGGGGGACACUGUGGCCUUUGGGAUCGCUGUGUUUGGGUUUCCAGAGCUGCCCUGGAAGCCGGGGGGAGCUCCUGACCCUGGGGUGGGAAUGGCCCCGGUGUCCCCACCCCAGCCAGGGCCGCCCUUGUGCAGCAGGAGCAGCUUUGGGCACUUCCUGUACUUGAAGCCGAUGAGCUGAGCAAACCCCUCCUGUUCCAGCAGAGCUGCUUCCUUCUGAGCUUUGUGUGGAGUUACUCCCACAGUGUUUACACAGCCAGAGAAAUCCAUGCUGGACACAAUCCUGUGGAGUUGUCACACUUCCAGCCCCUGGGCAGUGCUUGGCUCAGCAGGCCCAGAGCUAAAGGUGCCAAGGGAGCAAGAGGAGCAGCAGUGAGGAGGCUCGGAUUCCUCACGGGAUUCCUGGUGCCAUUCCUCAUGGAUGUGGCUGGGGAUGCUCCCAGUGCUUGUUCUGUAUCUCACUCCCCAUCCCUGGAAUGUCCAAGGCCAGGCUGGACAUUGGGGCUUGGAGCCACCUGGGACAAGAGUGGAAGGUAUCCUGUCCCUGGCAAGGGUGGAAUGGGAUGAGCUUUAAGAUCUCUCCAAACUCUUUCUGGAAUUAGCAGGACCCACGUGGAAUUCAGGAAAUGCCUUUAGCAGAGGGAUGAGCUUGGCACUCAAAGCUUUCCCAGCUUAGUCCUGUCUUGCCAACAGACUUUUCUUUGGACAAAUGAUCAGGAUGUGCUGCAGCAACAUUUCAGUUUCCAUAUUCCUUAUUUCCCAUACUGACUCCGCUGUCUUCCAGAGUCAUUUUUUUAAGCUACCUUAUUUUUUUAUGAAGAAACUGCUUUGGAAUCAGCUGUGUUUGAGCAUCCCAUGGGCUCUUGUUGUUUGUUCUAACAAGGAACUCUUGAUGUUGAUAUAUCCUUUUUUUUUUAUAAUUUUGAAGAAGUUACCUAAUUUUAUAAAUUUACUGUGUUUAUUUAUGUUCAUUGAAGAACAUAAUAAAUUUUGCACAUUUGCUUCUGUU